GGUGCAUGACAAACAAUUGCUUAUUUUGCGCUUCUUAAAGGUGUAUGGAAAGAAGGAUGCGUUGACAGGUCUAAAGAGAAAUUUGUGUUUGUUUCACGCAACGCAGCGUGGCCUACGGAACAUCGCAUUAAGUGAUGUGUUCAGAAAUGAAGCCAUCAUGUAAAAUUUCUGCUAUAAUACCACUAAAUUAGCAGGCAAGAUUCGAGCAGUUAAGGAAUCGCGUCCGUCAUUGCUUUCUACCUGAGUGAAAAUGUAUUUUAGGCAUUUGUGUUUGAGUGCAGUAGGAUUUUUAGCAGAUUACACGUUGUACACUCCGACGCAUAUGUUAGCGUACAGUUGGCUGCUAAUCGAUGCAAUGUGCAGUUCCAGUGACAUUUUUUGUAAGGGCCUGACUGGAGUUGACAACGUUUUUUACUGCCUGUGUUAUUGCUUUUUUCUGAACUAAGCACGUUGCCCGGUUCUUCAUGACAGUGCAGUGUCGAGUAGAAUUGGGAUGAAAUUAUAUAUAUACAUGCUUCCUGAAACAUUUAUCAGCUUUUGCAUUAGUUGUCAUUAUGUACGGUGCAGUUUCGAUCACGGGCGUACCUGACCGGUGUCAUAUAUCUCGGUCUCCAUUGGCUCCUUUGCGGAAUCCGAGGGAGGGAGCCAAUCGCGAUCGAUAAUUUCCAUCCAGAUUGGACUCGAUCGCGAUCGAAAGUGAUACGGGUGUCACACGCGCACUUAUGAUCGUGAUCAAGCCCGAUCCUGAUCGAAUUUCACGGACGUGAUUGGCUCCUUUGCGCAAACAGCUCGAGGGAGCGAAGCACAGUCGAUAAUUUCGAUCCAGAUCUGGCUUAAUAGCGAUCAAAAAUGGUCAUGUGACACUGGUAUGGUGACUGUGUGACACCGGUAUUAUUCAGGUCUCAUGCUGUAGACUAUGAAUAGAUAGUGGUCACAGGAUAUUUUGACUCAAGGCUGCUUAAUUUCUGAUAUGUUGCAUGUCAGUGAGAUCUCAUCACAGCCUAACAUUCAUGCUCAGGACAUUGUGGAUUUGAACAUCAUAAAAUCAUCAGAUAGUAGCUGCAGUGAAUCACCAGGAGUGUUGCAAGAAGUCAAUGGCACUCGGAAAGAUGCCAAGAAGAAGGUCGUGGCUGUCGCUCCUAAGAAAGGCGAAGGGCCUCGGAGGGCUACGACAGCUGCCAUGAGGUGUCGUGAUGAUGCCUGUUUUAGUGCUCCUGUUGACGCCACUGUGCUGGAGCAAGACUUUGACUUUGAGAAGAACCUGGCCCUAUUUGACAAGCGGGCAGUGUUUAAUGAGAUUGAUGCUGCACUCUCAAGGCCUGCACCAUGCAGCGACUACUCGGCUCUGGCCAGCAAGUCUGGGGCCCAUGUUGUGUGCACACCACCCAGUUACCGCUGUGACGAAAACAUCCUGGGUGGCAGCGCACUGGACUCCAUGUGUCGCAUCCGAGUGCCUGGCAAGCAGGAAAUUAAUUACGUAACAGACAUGGGGCUGCUAGUGCCAAGUGUGAGUCUGCAGCUACGCCAACAGAUCCUAGAGGCUGCUGUACAGUGUGGCUACAGUGCAGAGCGACAGCUGGAGAUGAUUGGCCGUGCUGCAUCAGAGAUGGUGCUGCAGCUGCUUGGUGGUUGCCGUAGGCUAAACCCAGCCAAUAGCCACCAGCGGCCCACAGUAGUGCUGGUGUGUGGCGGCCACCGGCAAGGCAGCCAGGUGGUGUGCUGUGGCCGGCAGCUGGCUAAUCAUGGUGUAGAGGUGCUACUCUGGCAGCUACCUCUACUGGCUGGCGGCUUGGCUCCUGUGGACCCACUCUUCUCAUCUGAGAUGGCUCUGUUCCGCAGAAGUGGGGGAAAAGUGCGACUUACUCUAGCAGAGCUUUCCAGUAGCAGAGCGGACAUGGUGCUGGCAAGUCUGGACUCUGUAGAUGGUGGAAGCCAAGCCGAUCCAAUGGCAGUUGCGACCAUGACCAACUGGAUUAACCAAAGUAAAGCUCCGAUGCUGUGGGUCGACCCGCCACCUGGUGGCAGCACAGGGACACCAACUCCCCAGUGGGUGCUCAUGCCCCUCCUUCCUCUGGCAAUGGAUGAACGCAUUGUUGCCUCUACGGGUCUCUACUUAUGCGACGUUGGCGUGCCCUGUCACGUCUUCCGUGAUUUGGGUGUUCAGUACGCCUCCCCCUUUGGAUCAAAGUUUGUGGUAGUGCUCCACGCGAAAAAGCCGUGAUAGCUCAGCAAGCGUGCCACUCUCCACAAGCUGCUGAGGUACAGUACUCUUCAAGUAUAGUGAACUUCUCAGUCGUUUCACUCAUGAGAAAAAACAAGUGAAAUUGAAGAGUGAGAUGAAAGAAGAAAAGUGAGACGAAGGAUGAACUACCGGAACAGACAUUGAUGGAUCUGGAGUUAUUGAAUGUGCUGACCCCUCCCUUUCUUUUCUUCUUUUUUUUUAAAGUGUGAUUGUGUCUGCUGGACGGCUGUUUGCUUGCUGUAUUGUCUUGUCUCUUGGACUGCUGCUGUGUACAUUCAGGGAUGAGUGUUCUUUUGCAGAUCGGUGAAAGUAUGUGUUCUGUGUCCAUUGGCCAGUGAAAAAUAUGGAUACAUUAACAGCAAACAGAUGUGGUCGAAAUGUAGCAUCAAACUUGAUCUUACACAGAAACCAGCGUUAUAUAAGGACAGAUAUGCAGGAGACAAGGAGUAGCGUUGUUUGCUGGCCAGAAUUAAGAUGCUGACUUUAAACCUGGUGAUAAAAAACUGAUUUGUAGUAAUCAUGAAACUGUGAGAUAAAAUUUCUAGCUGCUGGACAUUUUUCAUUAUUGUAGCACAUCUCAUAAUCAGCAUUCACAUCUUUACGAGAAAUAAGUGCAGCUGCCAAUACUUUUGUUACUUUGAGUCAACCUAUGAAGGUUGCAUGCUUUAUUUGUAGUUUUUGCAACAUCUCGAUCGACUUGUAAACCUUCAUUACUGAAAUUUUCUUUGGCGAGCUUUCUGCAUUGACGUAUGGACUGCUGUACUAAGAUACUGGAACUCUGCCUUUAGAGAAGGAGGGAGGGUAAAAAAAAGAAUAUAAAUCAAGUAAGUGCCAGUAUUGAGGUAUCAAGAAAAUUUCUCGUACUUUCUAGUUGUGUGCCUCUCUCCUCAAUAUCCCCCGGCGAUGUUAAUAGCUGGACUGGCUCUCAUCACACACUGACCACAAGAGAAGUGUCGUAAAGAUAUCACAUGUUAAAGGAAUGGCUGCAGCUCUGACAUGAUUUCACCUUGAUAGAAGACAUCUUAGGUGAAAUUAUUUUUAUUAGAUUGAACAUGUGGUCUCGUUCACACCAAUGUCUUGCAAGGGACCUUGCUUGGAACCUAGCUACCUGUGUUCUUUCGGUAUUAGUGAUUUUUCAUUAUUUGGACCUAGGUUGCAGUUUCAUUUCAACAUGAGUGCAACCUUGCAUCAGACUCGGUCUGUUAUUGGUGUUUUCAGCAAGCCCAUGCUUUGUCAAAACGGCUUAUUGUUUCUCUGUCGCCGCACGUUGAAUGCUAAAAUGCUUCAGGUAAUUUUUUUACUUUCUAUUGUUUGCAUGUGUGUGUGUGUGGAUAGCAAAGCACUGCUAUGUUCCUGCUGUAGUGCAGCAUACUCAGAGUUCCCCAAGUAGUGGAAGUGAAAAGCCACACGGUUUUAACUUUGCUUGCUGAAGAAAUCUUUUGUUUGGCCAUUCUUUGUCAUUGCCCUUAAUUAUUGUGCUAUUUAUCCACGCAAGAUCUUGUGUUUAUUAUGUAAGCUCUACAUUCCUUUGUUUGAGUUGCUUUUGUUUCAGCUGAGGUCUGCAGUUGGAGUGCCUGUAUACCAUUGCACUUAGUUUUCUGUAAACAUCGUUACUGCUAUCAUAAUAGGUAUUGUGUUACUGAAGUACUGAAAAGAAGCCUGAUGCAUCAAGUUCUUUUGCUGCCCUAAUGUGGUGCAUUGUAAAUGAACGCUUAUACCUCUGUAUAAGAGGCUGCAAGCUCAAAAGUGGCAUGUGACUAAAGCUGCGAUGAAGUAUACUUUUGCAUUUGUUAACAAUAACAUUCAAGCAUCAACUAGAUGGUUAGGUGUCUUUUGCAUAAGCUCGGAUCCAUGUCUGCUAGGUUGCUUUACAAGAAGUACCCAGUGCCUGUUUGCUCUCUUUGCUUCGGCUUCAUCUGAAACUGAAAAGCAACUGAAACUGAAAAGCAACUGAAAAAAGUGAACUACCAACCGGUAUCAUUUGGGCUUUAGUGAUAACCUUAAUAACUUCGUGAUUUGCAUUUUUGAUUCAUUUGUGUUAGUUAAUAGUGACUUUUGACAAAAGUUGAAAGAAAAAUUCAGGCUUGGGGGGGGUCAAGUAACAUGCUGUAUUGAAUUACGAUGGGAGCAGACAUGAGUGAAAAGUGACUUGACUGGAGUUGGGUCUACCUCACAAAACAGUUUAGCUGAGAACAUUCGUAAUUUCCUUUGUGGUUGUGUGCUGACUUCAGUUGACCUUGCUGCCUUGCUUUUCAUUGAGAUACUGUGUGCUUGCUGGUUGAUGCUUGCUUAUCAUUGUUAAGAGAUUGGAAGGGUGUGAGCCAUGUGCAGUGUGUGACACGUUUGGGAGGACAUGUGGUAUUCAUGUGAAGACAUGUUUUUAUUUCAAUUAUUGUCUUGAGCCAUAGUGGCUAAUGUGAUGCGGUGAGUAAACAUCUGUCGAAGAAAGAGUGCCCUAGAGGCCUUAGUGUUUAAGUUCAGCUGCUUUCAUGCUGCUUACAUGUUCCCUCUAAAUUUAUGAGCAUUGUACAGAGUUCAGACAUAUUUUGCAACACAUAAACCUGGCAAGUUAUAUCUAUUGUAUCAUAUGGUGUGUCUGUUCUCAUAAGUUAGGCGCAACUCAAAUAUCCAUUUUCGGAGAAAGUGCACUGUCAUCAUUUAUGUCAUGAGCUGGAGAUUUGGAAUGACUGAGAGAUCAUAAACUGUCAUAUUGUUCA